AUGCGUGUCGGUGUGCUGCGAUGCAGCUUGUCUACUUGCCACUUUGUGCGAGGCUCUUGCGUGUCAUUAAUGAUGUUGUUUUUCUGCUCUUCACCCCGACCAACCCCAAAACCACUUCAGCUGAUUCGACAUGACUCGUCUCCCCUCGCAACAGUCGCCAGGCGGGAGCCACGUUUUCUGCUGCCCGGCCAGUUGGGUCUGCCCUGUCCGCUGGGACCGCCGAAACUGCCGGAACCACCAGCGCCGCUGCUGCCUCGCGUCUCUUCCCCUCGGCGAAGGGGCUCCGUGGCGGUCAAGAGGCCGCCGAUUGGUCGGUCGGGGGCUCGAGCCCGCCAGACGCAGGCCGGACGCCGGCCCGAGUCCAGCCCAGCCCCGAUUGGUCAACUCGCCGAUCAGAUGCCUCUGCUCCGAGUUCCGCCUGUUCGUCAGGCCCAGCCACCCCAAAAAGACGAUCGCGAUUGGCUGGCGCAGGCCUGUCAGUUUUUCGUCUACCAGCCGCGACUGCCCAGUCCCGACGUGGGUCUCUUGAGGCACCGGGCCGUCUGGGAGGCCGUCGCCUCUGGAGCCCCCGGUCGGCUGAUCCGGUUGCCUCUGCCCACCGAUCCCGAUCCGGGACUCGAUCUCGGUCCCGGUCCCGGUCGCGGUUUCCUGUCCGGCGACGAGGUCGACGUGAGUCGCGGCCGGCCUCGCGCCAGGUCUCUGUCCAGCCACGCUGACACCGUUCUGUCGGACGGAGUGAGUCCCGCCGCCUCGUCACCGCUCGCCGCCAGCAAGUCGACCAUCUCGCGCCCGAUUCACGAGGCCGAAGUGAACUGUCAAGCGGCCGACCUCGUCGCCGGUCGUCCGGGGACGCCGGUUUGUCCGUGCCCGGUCGGACAGGCCGCGCCGACUCUGGAACAGGCCACGAUGGCGGUGGAGCAGCGUGAAAUCGGCAUUCAGUUCGACGCCAUCGACGGGGUCCAGUUGAAGCCGACCCUUUUUGGUGGAUUUCGCAUUUCAGAAGGUGUCUUCAUCCGUGGUGGACUGCAGUUUCCACCGCGCCUACGUCUAAUCACCAGCUCCAGCGGUGUCGACAUGUCGAGCCUAUACGCUGAACCACCAGAAUUCGAGUUCAAGUACCGCCAGGGGUGCUGA